AUGGAGAAGUGCCUCUUGUUUGUGCUGAGCGUGGCCGCGCUGUGCGCGCUGCUCCGGGCGCAGAAUGACACGGAGCCCAUCGUCCUGGAGGGAAAGUGCCUGGUGGUGUGUGACUCUAACCCCGCCGUGGACUGGAAGUCCUCCUCUCCGCUCGGCAUCUCCGUGCGCGCGGCCAACUCCAAAGUGGCGUUCUCCGCCAUCCGGAGCAACAACCACGAGCCCUCCGAGAUGAGCAACAAGACCCGGAUCAUCUACUUCGACCAGAUCCUGGUGAACAUUGGGAAUUACUUCACGUUUGAGUCUGUGUUCCUGUCCCCGAGAAAAGGAGUGUACAGUUUUAACUUCCACGUCAUCAAAGUGUACCAGAGCCAAACCAUACAGGUGAACCUGAUGCUGAACGGCAGGCCUGUGAUCUCGGCGUUCGCUGGAGACAAAGAUGUGACGCGUGAAGCUGCUACAAACGGAGUGCUGCUCUUUCUGGAGAAGGAGGACAAAGUGUACCUCAAACUGGAGAAGGGGAACCUGGUGGGCGGAUGGCAGUACUCCACCUUCUCCGGGUUCAUGGUGUUCCCUUUGUAA